GGGGAGGGCGGGGAAGGCUUCGCCGGGCGCGCACGGCGCGGGCUGUCAGCGGCGCGGGGCUGCAGGUAGGUGACGGGCGGGGGGGCGGUUGCCAUGGAUACGCGCCGCGCCCCCCUCCCCGCUCCCAUCGGCGUCACCGGGCCCCGCUCCCCGCGGUUCUCCCCCCGCCGCGCUCCCGGCCCCCUUUCGUCUCCUUCGGAUCCCGCUGAGCCGCGUCCCGGCGGGGUGCGGGGCGGCCCCGGGAGCGGCCUCCGCGGUAGGAGCUCGGAACGCGCGCGGUCCGAAAGCGAACGCAGCGCCUUCGUCACGGGACGCGCUCCUCCCGCACGCCGCUCCGCACUCGGGGCCGUCCCAGCGCCGCGCUGCGGCCUGCGGGGAGCGGGGGGGGGGGGAAGGGGGGGGAACGCGGGCACCCAGCGGGCUCCGGAGCCCCGACCCGCGGCCCGGCACCGCCCGGACUGCUGCGUGGUGCCGAGAGGAGCGGCGGGUGCUGUCAGAGCAUGACGGUGCAGUCUGCGGGCUCAGCCGGCCGGGUGCUGCUGGGCGGUUGUUUGUAGGCGCAGGUUGCGAACGGAGCGCUGCGAGGAUCGGUUGGUAGCGCUCGUUUGAGGUCUCAGCGAGCUGGCUUUUUUUGUUUGUUUGUUUUUCAGCCCUGCCUUCCCAAGGGCUCUUUUGUUGCUUUCUGAUAAAAAUCAGCGAGAAAAUCGGAAUUGGAGGUGUUUUUUUCCCUUCCUGGAGUUGCCCUGUGAACGUCUCAGCGUGUGUCUGUCCGCAGCUCCCCUUCCCCCGCUGUGUUUGGGUCAGGGAUAUCCCCGUCCUGCUCCAAACCAAGGGCAGUUUUACCUGACCUGCAGCUUUGUUGGCCGUGGCAGCACACCCUGAGCCCACAGCUGUGGAGUUUGGGUCUGAUUAAAGGGGCAAAGGCUGAAAAGAACGUCGUGAACUGCUGCCCGUUCCGCUCCGAGUCCUCUGUGGGAGACCUCACUCUGUCUGAGUGCCCAUCACUACCACCCCGUGUGUGCACAAUGGGCACAGACGUGUUGUGCUGUAGUCCUGCAGCUCAACGAGGCCGAAGCAGGUCCGUGUUGGGAUAGGAGAGGUUUCCUGCUGUAGGACGUAGUGCUGUUUGCUUGCUGAGUGCUACUCUUCCACUGCUGAAUCAGUGCUGAGCUGACGGCGUCUUCUCGUUCUGUAGAGGUUCCAGCUUCAAACAGGGUACGAAAGCAAAGUUGUUCUGGGGCAUGAUGGAGCUUUUGGCAUUUUACCACAGAGUAGGAGAGUGUCCUGGCCAAAUUCCAACCUGGGUAAUUACAUUCUGCUGACUGAAAAUGAGCAGCGGCGAUUGCUGCCUUUCACUGCCGGGCGAAGCACACAUAGGCUUGAAUUUGUGAAGCAACGACGGGUAAAGCAGAACAACUCGGGCUUACAGAAACACCACUGCAACUCUCACAGCUUGUUCCUGAAGGCCUUGUGAGGCUCGUCAGGCUGCUGUUGCAUUCCUGCCCAUGCCAGCAGCCCAGCUGCUGGGGCACCGCCUGCAGUGGCUGUAAGGCGUUGCAGGACGGCCUUCAGAGCAGCGGUGCUCUUUGCGUCACACCUCCACACUCCCACACAUGAAGCGAGGAAGCAAACAGAACAGGAGAAAAAGCAGUAAUAAACCAAUGUCCCGGUCCUAAAUUGCUGUGGCAGCGCUGCUGGGGCUGACCUGUGGUUGGCAUUCUGCUUUCAGAAAGGCUGAGCGAGCCUUUGGUUCCGAAAGGUAGAGAACCACAGUGCAUGGCGUAGAAGGCAACAUGGAGGUGUGUUUCCUGUUCUGUCUGUAUAACCGUAUUUUUCUCUCCCUGACCUUCCCUGCUUUAUUUUGUACCCAGAUGUUCUUCCCUCUGUCUGAAACAUGCCUUGUAACUCCACACGCUUUCGGAAGAUCACUGUGUUUCGCUGGGAUAGGAAUGUUGCAUCUGCUUCAUAGCAGGAAGAUGUUACGUGUAUUGCAGCUUAAUUCUGUUCUACUUUAAACCUAGAUAAAGAAUGAAGACUGUCCGUACCAUUUUGAUUACCUCUCCUAGGGUUCAAAGAGAGAAUCACUUUCCCAGACCUCCACUUGCUAAUGGCUCAGCUUGAUCUAAGCGGUGUACAGACAAACCUGCUGAUAAACCAAAACCCUUUUGGGAAGAGCCACCUCAAUGUCCCCAAUCCCAUUCCUCCCGCUGGUGCCGUUGGCUCUUGGUAAGCACCUGAAGUCUGAACCACAUGGAGCGAUGGGAGCUGCUCAUGAGAAGACCGUGUGAGUGUGGACCACCACGCUGCUGUGCCCACAGGGGAUGAGGGGAAGGACCCCGCACCAUGACAGCUCCGCGAGUUCCCAGUGUGAGAGUCCAGCACAUGGAGUCUCACGCUUUGUCUCCAGAUUGAUCUCCGUUCUCCUUAAGCUAAUUUCACCUGUUGUCACAAGUUUUGCUUUUGGGAUUUAGACCGUCGGUAACCACAGAACUCCUGCCUCUGUCACGUCCUCUUUUUUUUUUCUUGGCCACCCCCCCUCCACCCCCCCCAUCAUUUUACACGAAGACUGUUAGUAGGACUGUUAGCGGAAUAAGCAAAGCCAAUCUUCACAGGGUUUAACCGUGCACCUAUAGCACCUUUUGGCCCAGAAUGCCUUACAAACACCGCUCGGCACACGCCUCCCACUGUACAACCUGCCCAGAGACCUCCUUCCACCCGGCCGCCACCUUAACAUCCCAGAGCCACUUCUAGGGACGUUUCGGCGCGUAGCAUCUCCCACCGUAGGCCGGCCGCCCCCCGAGGUGCCUUUCAGGUCCCGGAGCUCUCCCCACGGAUGUCCUGGGAGCGAAGGAGCCCCGCGUGCUGAUGCCUCACGCCUGCCGGAGCGCGGAGGAGUGACAGGGGAUGGCAGAAGGAGGGCACGCCGGCGCUCCCCCCGUGCGGCUGUGGGUGCGACGCGUAGGUGUGUACUGCGAUGAGCACCGCAAAACGUGGCUCGUGGCUGCGGAAGAGGAGGAAGGUAUGCUGAGGGCUCGGAUCCAAAGAGUUCAGGUUCCCCUGGGUGAGGCGCUGCGACCCAGCCAGCUCCCCCCAUCCCGGCUGCCUCACAUGUGGCAGCUGUCCCAGGGUGAGCAGUACAGGGAUAGUAACUCUCGCGUUUGGGAGAUAGAGCACCAUCUCAUGCUCGGUGGUGUUGAAGAACUGCUGCUUAAACUCGUGCCUGGUGAUUAAUCUGGAGCAGUGGCUCUAGGAAGAUGUCCUUGUAUGUUUUGUACAAUAAAUGAUUCUCUCUCCACUGAAAUGCGGCCACCCCUGAGGUGGAAGCG